AUGACAUCAAUUGAGGUCAAAUCUCGAUCAAGAUCGAUAAAAUCAUACUCGUCCAAUGAAUUGACCACAGACUCGCUUGUGGAUGAACUCAUUGAGGAGCUUAGUCAAGACAACAAAAUGUCCAAGCAUAGAUUAAGACUCACGAGACUUGAUGAGACAAACGGUAAACAGAUUCCGCUUGUUGCUCAUCAAACCUUUGCUCAGAAUGGUAUUCCCAAGGGCAACGAGAAAAUUCAAUUGUACGUGAAGGACUUGGGUCCUCAAAUUUCAUGGAGAACCGUGUUUUUAGUUGAAUACUUUGGACCAUUCAUCUUCCAUCCACUAUUCUUUUUUGUUCAAUCCUUGUACAAUGUUGCCGUGCCAUUCAAGCAUACACAGGCUCAAGUCUUGGCUUAUGCAAUUGUCUUGUUGCAUUUUGCCAAACGUGAAUAUGAGACCUUGUAUGUUCACAAAUUUUCCAAUGCCACAAUGCCAUUGUUUAACAUUUUCAAAAACUCAACCCACUACUGGAUCUUAUCGGGUUUCAAUUUGGCAUACUUUGUGUAUGCACCAACCACACGUUAUAGUGGCCUUUUGGGAUUCAUUUUCCACGUCAACGAGUUGCCAACUUGGGCCAAUUACGCGCUUGUGGCUUUGUGGGCUUUUGCGGAAUUAUCAAACUUAAAGACCCACCUUAUCUUGAGCAGAUUGAGAAACGAAGAUGCAAAGAAAUACGUUAUUCCUUAUGGAUAUGGAUUCAAUUGGGUCUCGUGUCCUAACUACUUUUUUGAAUCAUUAUCUUGGUUGGCCUAUGCUUUGCUUGUAGGAAACUGGUCUGCCUGGAUCUUUUUUUUCGUUAGUACUGGUCAAAUGUGGCUCUGGGCUGUGAAGAAGCACAGGAGAUAUUUAAAGACUUUUGGCGAUGACUACAAAAAGUUGAAGAGAAAAAUAUUUGUGCCCUUUGUCAUUUAA